UGGUUUAUAUGGUGGUGGAAGAAGAUGGCGGUCAGCGACGGGGACGAAAUGUUCCUUCAAAGUGAAUUUGAAGGUCCUAUUUUACCCUGGGAUCGCUUCAGAAGAUGGAUGACUUGCUUUUGCGUUGUAACAUUUGAUUUAGAGCUUGGACAAGCGUUAGAGGUAGGUUUUAUGAAAUCAUAUCGCUUCAAUGAAUCGAAUCGAUUAAUGUUUGUCGUUCGAGAAGCGCGCGUUUAUUUGGUCUGAACACAGCAUAAUUUAUAAGCAUGUGGUGAUAGUGUUUUUUUGUCUGCUUGUCACAGCUUGUUUACCCGGCACACAUCGAACUGACUGAUCGCGAGGUGAGCAAUUAAACUCGAAUCGUUUUAUAAGUCAAUAGUUAAAUGAGGUGUACGGAUUUAGAAAUUUUAAAUUGUCAUGUUCAUUUCAUUUCAUACGCAAGCUAAGUACAACACGUUCUGUCCUUUAACGCUAUGAUGUACGGAUGAAAUGAACAGUUAUUCGCCAGUUCGUUGCCCCCAAUCCAUUUUCCAAUAUAUCCUAGCUAGCCUUAUGUACGUAAUUCGUGGCAUUUCUUACUGACUAAAAAAAAGUUAGAUACAGUAGAUAUUUGAUCCUAAUCUUCCUCGGGCUCGAAAAGACAGAUCCUUUUACAACAAAUUUUCACUCACUGACAUUCGACACAUUCUGCCUGCUUUUCCUUUCUGUUUCCUUUUUUUAUAAGAGAAGUUCCGGCCUGUAUCAAUUGAAUUCUCAAUUAUCUGUCCCUCAUUAUCACAUGUAAACCCUGUAUUUUGUAACCAAGCUUAUGCAUUUAAAUGAUGCCAGUAUGCUUGUCAUCUAUGACGGUUCCUUAAAAUAGGUGACAUUGCCUUAUCUAUAUAUUUUAAUAGAUAUCUUGUUUUCUUAUAAAUUCAAGCAAUACACUGAAAUAAGUCUGUUGUCUCCAAUGCCAGAAGGUCAGGAAAUUAUUGGGGAAGGGUAGGGGUAUACCCAACAACCAGCUUCCUGUUGUUUUAAAAAAUGUUUUAAACUGACUGAAAGUACAGUACUUAAGGUUUUGUUUGGUCAUAGAUAAAUGAGCAGAAAAAAGAUUUUAACUGAAAAACAUUACUUUAGUUAUUUUCAAUCCUGUCUCAGUUUCUUUGUAUAAUUUUAUACACGUGUGUGUUAUCGAUCAAGCAUGAAGUCAAGAUGGUUGGAUAUCGACCAAGUUUUGUUUGCGUUUUUAUUAAGGCAAAGGCACGGUCAAUUAAAAAUGCAAAUGAAGUAAAGAACAAGGCUAAUAUUCGGCCAACUGGACUAAAAUUGAGCUUGGACAAUAUUCACUGUAUCUGUAGGUGCUGCUUUAGCAGACAGUCGACAGUCAGUGGAUCAAGGUAAACAACCAUCUGCCGGCUGACUCAAAGCAGUUGGGACCAUAAAUGUUUGCAUUUGGUUAUUCUACGAACAUGAUAAUCUCAAUCCACACAAACUGGUUUCUUGAAAAUCAUUUUUUUCAGUGCUUUUGGUAUCACGCUAAUUGAAGAAGUAGAUACUGUUUUAUACCCAUAGCAUAAUUUGUUACUUUUAACAAUAAUUGUUGAUUAAUAAAAAAUAGGACUUUUUAAUUAAGGUGAUAAUAGAACUUUCGAGUCUUCAAAAAAGUGCUAUAUUUUUGGCAGGGGAAUGUUAUUGAUUAAACUUCUGUUCAAGUUGGCUGGAUAUUGGUCAAGUUCAUUUUUUUUGUGCAUUUCACUGAGGAUACUAAAAGAACUGAUACCAAUAUUCAGUCACCUUGACUAAACAAGCCAGUGGUGGAUCGAGGGGAGGGGACCCCCCUUACCCCCUUAUUUUUUAGGGUUAGGGUUAGGGUUAGGUUUUUUUGAGACUGCCCCCCCCCCUCCCAUCUUAGAGUCUGGAUGACCCCUCCCCUCCUUAUCUAAAGGUCUGCAUCCGCCACUGCAAGCUAACCAAAAAGAGCUAUUUUCCUGUACGAAGGCUGGCUUGUGCAGCUUAUAAGAAUACGUGAUUCACUUUAUCUCAUUGAGCCAACCAUUAAAGUUGGCCAAAAAUAUUUUUCUUUUAAAUUUUUGAACUGUGCCAAAUAUUUUGUGUUUAAAAUAAUAUUGUAUCCAUAAGCAACUGGCUGAUAACCAAAAAUUCCAAUACUUGUACUAAAUACUGUGAUCCUAUAAGAGGCCAUCAAGCAAUAUACUUGACUUCAACUAUUUCAUAUACUUGUACAAUAUUUAGAUAUAGGGUUGUAGAGUUUAUGUAGAUCAAUUUUAUGCUUGAUUUGAAUGUUAUUUUCCUAUGUUUCAGAUUCUUCAUGAUCAUUCAUUAUAUCAUAUCCAAAAAUAAUGCAAAAUGAAAAAUUUUAACCAAAGGACUGUUAAAGCAAAGUGCCCCUUGAUCAAAAUUGACAUGUAUUCCUUUAAAUUGCCUCUUCUGAGAGUUUCGUUCAUGGUUUAAAACUUAGCCCUGCAGGGUAGUAUGAGAUUUUCUGGGUCUCAAUUUUUGCAGAUUUUGAGGAUUGUUCUAGGCUCGAUUUCCGCCGUCUCCCGGGUCCGGUCUUUGAUCCUCCCCGAAGAGAGACUCUUUCGGGGGAUGAGUGUGGGCUCAUUUUCCCGAACAGCAGCUGGUAAUCGAGCCUAGGAUUGUUCUCCAGCUACAAAAAUUACUAUCCCAAACAAAUUUACUCCCAUCAGGAAAAAAGAACUCCACUUUUUAACAGUGUCCAUAAAUAUUGGGGACUUUUUUAAUGAAAAUCCUGUUAAAAGGUUUCAUGAUACAUUUUUUUCAGAAAACAAGCAUUUGUUAUCUGGCAUUUCCUGAUUCAAAUUCAGGUAUGAAAAUACAUGUAUCAACUCAACUAGUGCCAUGUGGAUCUUCAACCAAACUGCAAUCCAACUGAUUAUCUUGAAAAUACAACAUGUUAUCACAUGUUGUCUUUGGACGCACUGUGCAGUUAUAAUUCAUUUAGUGACCCUUAAUUUUCUUAUUUUCAUUUCAAAAUUAAGUGUGACCCAACAUCCAUCUUUAAUUCUUUCUAAUACAUGUAUUUGUAACUGUUUUAUUUUAUUCACAUUUGAUUGUGCGUAUGGUAGAGAUUUUUCUGAUUAUAAUUGAUGUUCACUAGUUUGGUUCAAUCUGAAUUAUGCUGAAGAUCGAUCAUAAAAUCUCAGCCAAUUCCCAACACUUAAAUAAACGUAAUUAUUAUUUGAAAGUCACACUACAUGUUACAUAUGUUUAAGGUGAAUAAUAAUGUUACAGUGGAACCCCAAUAAUACGGUCACCAAUGGGCCAAAAUAAUUUGGCUGUAUCAAUGGGAGACCGUAUUAACAAGGGUUUUUUUCAAGAAAAUGUAUGGCUGUUUUGCUGGGCAGCCAAAAACAGUGGUGGUAAUAAUGAGGUGACUUUAUUACCGAGGUGGCCGUAAGGUGGGGUUCCACUGUACCACAAUAUGCUAUCUUCUAAGGUUCUUGUAAAUAUUAGGGAGAAUUGUUAACAUGUUGAUUUUGCAUAAUUUGUCUCUUGUUGUAUUUAUUUAAUUAACAUUUUUUGUUGUAACAGGAUGUAUGGGGGACACUCAAUUUCAUUUCCGCAUUCGAUGUAGCCCUCGCAGUUGCCACAAAAGCCGACUUGUUUCACAAUAUGAAAAUGAAGUUCCUUUGUCAUACAGGGUAUGUGUAGUGGAUCCAUACUGUAAGACCACUGUUCCCAGAUCAUACAGGGCUGUCAAAAAGUUUUUAAGUAGGAGGCUGGUAAUGAAUAGUAGGCAGCUUUGGAACUCGCACCAAAGGCACGAGUUGUCGAGGGCUGAGGCAUCUAGGGACAUUUUGAAAUUUAGAGUCUCAGAAAUGGCAUUUUCAGGAGUAUUCAAGAGGUAUUUUCCACCGCGGACACCAUGUUUUUUCGUCAGAAUACACUCAAGACUGGGAAUAAUGCUGGGAAUAAUGUCUCAGGCAUUCCAUGACAUCACACGGUUUGACCGUUUCAUAGAUCUAAACCUGUUUAAAUGUGCGUUCAAUUGCAAUGUCAUUCAAAACCAGGAAAUUAGAUGCUUUACAGCUUUAUUCGAUGGUGCUUAUUUUUUGUUAGCAGUUAUGGUAGAAAGAGAUGAAAGUAGCCGGCUAAGGAUGGCUAACUAGCCCCGGUUUGGUCCGGCUACUGGCCCUUAUUGACAGCCCUGUCACAUGAGAAUUUUCGCUUUGGCUUGGCUUCGUGUACAUGUAUAAAAAAUGUGUUACACCACAUUAUUGGUGCUGAUACAAGGGCCCUGCAAAAGUACAGUGUAUGAGUCAUAGAAAGUGGUCGAAUUAAAUUGCUGUCUACAAAAAAUAAUCUCAAAUUUUGCAGGUUGUGAUACAUAUACGUAUAUCAGAAUCCCCCAAAAAGCCACUAGAUUAAGAUUGUGCUGGGAUGGAUGCAAUAACUUGGUAUUUAUUAAACUUAUUUGCAGAGUGAUCCUGCGCAUUUUUAUGGUUUUGCUUAUUUCCGUCAAGUGAAAGACCCAAGUAUACAAAGAGGUUAUUUUCAAAAGGUAAUUAAUUCAGCUCCCAUCAGUUGGGUACUAGUAUUCUAUGUAGCAGCUUGCUUUGCUACCCACAGUGCCAUAAUCCACUGGAUACAUCUUAUUCAAACAUCCUCUGAGGUAGUUGGUUAAAAUAAUGGUCAAAAGUAGUUUGUUAAAGACAGUUUUCUGAAUUUCUGUUGUUGUUGUAUUUCAGUCAGUUGUUCUAAUUUCAAGGCUACCUUAUGUCAACCUGUUUUCUGAGGUGGUAAGUGUUUUUGUCGAUUGUCAUUGUUUUCACAAACUUCCUAUGUACUUUGAAAAAAAUUUUUCAUCAUUUUAUAUUAUUGAAAACAGCUGCAUUGUACUGUUAAUCUUUUGUCUCUCAUUCACUAUCUAAUAAUAGCAUUUUGUUUACAGGUUCAGCUUAUAGCACCAAGCUACUUUGAAAAUGGGGAACUCAGUUUAGAAACAGGUAGAAGAGGUUUUUCUUUUGUACACUGCAUUUCAUUGAAAUAUUUUAAAGCUCAAACCUCCAUGUGCUAUCCCUUCUUGUGAGUGACUUUGACUCAUAAGUAAACACUGUACACUCUAUCCAAACUACAAAAAUUAGUUUCUCUGGCAAAUCCCUAUAGUUGUGAAUCAAUGAAAUGGCAAGACGUAUGAAGCUGUUUAAACUAGCUGAUGUUUCUAGUGAGCAGGUGACCAAAGCGUUUGAACAGUUGACAAAUGGCUUGUAAAUGGAAAGCCGUUUGUGUACGUUUUCCCUUUGUAAGGUCACAAUAAAUUUAUAUAUAUCUACCUACAGAUUCAAAGUUUGUGGUGUUAACGCCUGCUGUAGAACUGCGCCCCACACCUCUUGAAAUUUUGGCUGAUUAAAGUUUGACUUCAUUCAUUUUUUCUUUGUUUCUUUAUACUUUGAGUUACCUCUCAUAUUUUAUCAUGUGUUUAUUUACAGUAGAAACGUUUGAUCAGAUCCUUAACCCUUUAAGCCCCAAUAUCCACAUACAAAUUCUCCAAACUGAUCUUCAUACAUCUCUUUAAGAAUUAGUUGAGAGAAUUUGAUAAAAGAUCACAGAAUUUUCUCUAUGAUGAUCAUUUUAUUAAUUCUCAUAACUUUAUCUCUUGACAGUGAAUGGAUACUGUUAGGAGAAAAUUGUUGUUGGACAGUAUUGGGACUUAAAGGGUUAAAGGAAUGCUUUUUGUUCUAAUUUCAGUAUGUCAUGACAUUGAUCAAUGGCCAUUCCCUGAGGCAGGUCACACAUUACAGUUACCUUUGAUGGGCAAUGUUAUGCAGGUAUGACAUUAUUAUAUAGAUCUUUAUGUAGUGAGUGUCAAGCUUGAUCCCUGCUAAAUUUAUAGCUGGUUUAGAUUAUUCUUUCCGCAUUGCCAAUGUCGUAUCUUCUCAAUACUGAAUUUUCAGGAUUUUUGGUUGUGAAACUCAGGGUGCAAAGAAAGUCAGUUUUACAGCUUGCCAUUCCGGCAAGCUGUACCUAGUAUGUACUUGCCCGAAAGUCAUUUCAACUAGUCUGAAAAAAAAAUUGAUGAGCAGGAUUGAUUACAGUUCUUCUGUAAUUUGAAUUCCCCCCAAAAAGUCAGUCACCGAUCGGGCAAGCUACGAACAGAAUUCACUAGCCCGAUAGCAAAAUCCACUAGCCCUAGGUUAUCGGACACCACUUUCUUUGCACGCUGCUUUCUACAACUGAAACUGGCUCGAAGGAAACCACACAACUAGUCAACCACAUUCUUCUUAGUCACUACUGUGACAUAAGUCUACACAAAAUGUAUCAUUUUCACUAUGUCAUGUAAUAAAUCAGCAUUUUGGUGCUGCCUGUUAUAUGUCAUGUUUGACCAGUCUUGGAAAGGCGUAGGCAACUGUAUGUACCUUCUUGUUUCAUGAUUCUAUAUAUUUUUCAACAUGUCUUUGUGAUCAGUUUAGUAAUAACUUUGUUUAUUAAUAAAUAUAUUUUUUAUUGAUGGAAGGUGCGAGUUCCCUCCAGAGGAGACAAACCAGGAGCAGUUUCUUCACCAGACAAUCCACUUGUCACUCAUAUUGUAGUAAGUAUUUAUUGUUAUUUGCUUGUUUGUUUUCUUUUUUGCAGCUACAGCCUUCAGAUUGAAAGGUGAAAUAGUUUAACAAGAUCUUUACUGACUCCACCCUUUUUGCAUCCGAGUGUUAACCCUACAAGUCUCAGGCAUGACCAACAUUAAUUCUUUUCUAACAAUAUCUAUGCAUCAUCAAGUGAACUGGUCAUGAGAAUUAACAAGGUGAUGUUUAAAGGGAAAAUGCUUUGAUCUUUUAACAAAUUCUCUCAGCUAUUUUAACGGAAUGUAUGAAAAUUAAUCUGAAGAAUUUGUCCUUUACAUGUAUGUGAAUAUUAGUCCUUCAAGGUUUAACAUGAGUUAAUACCACUGUCCCAUCUUUGGCAUGUUGACUGCAGUCAAUGACCAUAAUAUUUUACCACAUUGGCAUAUUGACAUGAAUAUAUAUUUCCUUUUUUCUUACUUUUCAGCCUCAAAUGCCUUCACCCAAGGUCAUCCCAGCUCUAAAAGAUCCAGAUAUAUUUAGGUUUGUAAUAAAACUUAGAAAUAAUGAUUUUAACAGAGAAUCAGCACACCCCGACAAUGCGAUUAGUGGCUUCAGUAAAUUGCCUGCAAAAAAUUAAUAUCUUUAUUGUAGCAGACAUAAUUAUGACUUCAGUAAAUUUCUGCUGUAGACAUGGAUUUCUUUUGUGGAUGCUACAAUUCUGUUAGUGUCCACAGUAAUGGGACGCUGUCUGUAUUUGAUAUUGAAAGUUGUACUUGUAUAUUUUUUUCUAGGUGUCUUCAGACUGUUCUUCCACACAUUCAUCUUUUAUGGGAAUUAGCACUUACCAAUGAGGUACUGAUUGUGCAGAUGUUAAAAAAACAUUAUAAUUAUUCACUGUUUCAUGUACACUGUAGACAUUCAUGUUGUUAUCCGAGUUUUUGUGACAAUGCAUGUACGUAAGAAGAAAGUGCUAAUAAUUUUGAGGAAACCAUUUUUGCACCUCAAACUGGAAUACAUGGUCAUCUGAGCCACGUGGAGAUGUAGCCAUCCGCAGCACAAAGGAAGUACCUUCCUUCCCCUGUUAUUUUGGGGCCCUAAAUAUUGUCCCAGCUCUGGGGAUCCAACCUACCAGUCCAGCAUGCUAAAACCUUAACGUGGUAGUAGUAUUCUUUACAAGGUUGUGGCUGUACUAGUAGUAUACAUGUAUGUAUUGCUUCAAAUGCUAAUAAACUAUAGGUGGUUUUCAUUCAAUCUCGGGAGACAGAACGCACAAUGGUGAAAUGAACAAAUGCUGGUGGACAAACAAAGCGAGCUAAUGAGCGAUCUUUUGUUUACCGUUCACCAACAUGGCGGCGAUGACGUGACGUGAAAACCACCUAUAAUCUUUUUUUGGUAGUGAACAGAUUUCUCAUUGUAAAUUUUUUUGACGUUAUAUUUUUAGCCCCUUGUUGUGAUGGCACCUUCACCUACAAUCUGCUCUGAGACCGUCCAAGCUCUUACAAGGUAUUUUAUAGGGCUUAGAUAAUUGAAGUACACACGGUUGCUCGAACCAGCUUUUACACACAGAAACUAUACUCAAACAAUACUUAUAAGCAAUCAAAAUCAAAUAUGUCGUGAUUUAAACCCUACAUGGCUAGCAUGCGUACUGGUAGCAGGCGCCGGUCUUUUAGGGCGAAAGGAGAAAUAUCAAGGAUACGUGCACACGAGUGGCGAAAGGGAGAGGUUCCUCUUGUGCAGUCUAUAAAAAAAAAAAAAAAAAACUAACCAGCGACUGCCACGCGUCAGCUAGGGUGUAAAUAGCGGAAACAAACCAGUUGGCCAUUUUAUACAGGCAGAGAAGAGAAGUUGAACUCCGGACUGCUGAAAAACAAACCUAAACUAGGAGCUUGAGCAGGACAUAAAUCCAUGACUAGCAAAUUUCAAAUUUGAUUUGCUAACUACUUCAUGCCCCUUAAAUAACUGGAGGUGGUCUUUUGUGAGAGGUUUCCACUACAGUGAAACCUCGAUGUAACGAACCUCUAUAAUUUAAUAACGAAAGUCCUCGUUAGUAUAUAGAUUUAGCCGGGGCUAAAAGCGAAGCUCUCGAUAACAUUUGUAGUUUGCUCUAACAAAAUAUAAAAUCGUGUAGUACUAAGCAGCGAAGCUAACGGCAAACGGUGAAAAACAACAAUAGGUUUAAUAAGCAAAAAAGCAACUUUGCACGUGCAGCACACUUUUUUUGUACAUUUCUUUGCCGUUGUUUUGCACGACUACAACGUGAAACUUCCAGAAACUUCCAGGAACUUCCUCGUUUCUCGUUUUAUGGAGGAAAUGUCAUACGUGUUCUUGUUCACUUUCGCUUCAUUUUACACUGCCGCUCAUUUUCACGUUGAUGGCCGCUAGUAUUUCCCAUUUUCUCACCGCUGUUGCAAAAUUUUCAUGUUGUUCUUCCAACAAACAUCAGGGCCAUUUAUACGAGGAAAAAUAAGACGCGUCUUACAUAAGACGCGUCCUAAAUAAGACACGAACUUUCCGUAUAAACGGCACAUUUCGUCUAAAAUAAGUCGCGUCUUAGCUAAGUCGCGUCUUAUUUUAGACGUCUUAUUUAGGACGCGUCUUAUGUAAGACGCGUCUUAUUUUUCCUCGUAUAAAUGGCCCUAAUGUCUCCUUUAUGUUACGAACAUUCUGCUUUUUUUUUUUGGAAAAUUCGUUAAAUCGACCAGGAGGCGAAAUGACCGGUUACAAAGGCUUUUAGUUGGUAAGUUCUUGGUGUUUUGAUUGGGAGGUGGUUGCUUACGAGAUUUGGUUGCGCAUGAUGAAUGUGCGACUGUAUACAAGUUUGUUAUAGACAGUUUUCUCCAAGAGCUACGUAGAGGACAUUUAAAAGCAGGAAAUGGCAGUACAAAACUUACAGUACUCUUGGAGAACUAAACAAUAAUUUUAUUUUGUAACUAUAGUCUGAUCUCUCCACUUCACUACUGCUCCGACUACAGACCUUUUUUCACAAUCCAUGAUACAGAAUUUAAAGAAUACACCACGAGAACACAAGCUCCGUAAGUAUUAAUUAAAAGAAAUUGUUUUCCUUUAUUGCAUGGUGUGGAAAGGAGAACUCAUAAUUUAUAUCCCUGUUCAGAGCAUUUGCCUGGUUUGUUAGGAAAUCAAGCAUUUUUUCCCAUUUUGUUUUGUACUUAAUAGCCAUUUUCUCUUCAAAGUCCGUCGAGCGCGUUCUCGCAAAAAAGGUCUGAGACACUCAGUGGAUGAAAGGCCAUUUGCUAAAAUCCAAGGAAUUUCGAGCCGCAGGAAAAUUUGCUCUCAAGUUUGCUCUUCGUGUCUCAAGGCUUUCAGUUUGUAAAAAAGUGAGGAGUUACCUGGUUUUAUGCUUAAUUGCUCGAGAAAGUGGCCUGAUAUUUUUAACGAAUCACAAACCGUGCUGCUGCAGAACAAAAUUGUGAGAUAAAUUGAUCUAAAUUGAAACAGUCAUCCAAGAAGCAGUUUUGCCCUGACACAUGCAGAUAUGGUGAUCGUUGGGACGCCACGGACAUAGUAACCCUCUCUCUCCAUUUGAUUUUGUUUUCAGCUUCUCUUAGGUCGUUGCAAAACUUCAACCCUGUUCAGUCAGAGAUAUUAUUCUCCCAACGCUUCUUUUGUCGGUCCCUUCUUCUCCCUCCUUGCACUGUUCCUUGUAAAAUUGCAGAUACAACUUUUUUAUUUCAGACCUGGAGUCAUUCUCGGAGUAACAAAUCCUUUCUUCGCCAAAACUCUUCAACACUGGCCACAUAUGGUUAGAAUAGGAGAAAUGUCAAAUCUCGGUAAGUAAGCAACUCAGUGCAGAAACUGAAAAGUAGGAUACGCUUAGACAGUACUACACAGUAACUUUUGUCCGGAAAGCCCACUUACGUACAAUGUAAAAAUAAUAGUUGUUUGACAGGACUGUCACUUAGAUUUCAAGGUGUUGGGUGCAUGCAAUAACUAGGCGGGGAAUUGAAAAGCUGAGAAGCACUUUUGGUUAUAUUUUCUUUUGUUUCCUGUGAUAGUAGCCGAGGAACAUGCUCUUAGUAGAAACUAGCAAAGGGAAAUGCCCGGUCCCCAGCCCAUAAUAGUGAGCUUAUGCAACAGGACGGCAAAUCGCUUGUGUGUGACAAACGUGACAGGCCUAUUACCUGCGCGUUUCUUGUGGUGUUCAAUUAAUAAAACUGUGUUUGGAUCUUUUAUAAAAAGAUCUUUUAAAAGGAAUGUGAAGUUUGGAGGAAAUUGUUUUCAAACAGAAUUAUUGUCACGCUUGUCACGCAAGGUUUGCCGUCGUUUUCCCUCUGCCGUCCCUUUGCGUAAGUUCACUAGUGACAGCCCUGCAAAAUUUGAGACCCAGCGUGCCAAUUCCCGCAGCCCCCUAGACCAACGCCUGUGGUCAGCUUUUCGUGUUGUCAUUUGCGAACAGUUUGAACCAUCAACGAUCUAUUCUAGCACACUGUGGGGUUCAUUUCAACCCUUGAGUCCAAAUCAGCCCCAGAAAAAUUGGAGUAUAAUUAUUAGUGUUAAUUAAGAGAGCCAAAUUACGCCCUGGGGAUGUACCAUAAGUUACUCACCAAACAGCCCAAAAACAUUCUUUUGAAUGGACAGUGCGCAGUAGCCUGAAAUGUCACACUCUCCACCCCUGUAACCCAUACCCCCAUGACAGAGCGCAAAAACCGCCAGACAUGCGCACUAGAGCUCUCGCCACUGUUUCUUGUAUUCCCGCCUUUCGAUUUUCAAAAUGGCGGAGGACUAAUCAGAAUCUAACACGUCACUGCGGACGCUGCCAAGCCGCUGUCCUCGCUCUGAGAAUUUUUCAACAUCGUUUAACGGAAUCUGUCAGCAUUCAGCCAUGUCUUGGCGACGCUAGCGAAAGGAUCGGACUUAAACAGGUUCUCUAAAGCAGCGAUGUUUGUGACCAGCUUCGGAGCCUAUUUUGAAGCUUGUUGUUUCGAAGAAGGGCAGGUUUUUUGCGUUUCUUAAGGUGGUCGCUUACUCUUUAAGGUCAGGAAAGAGAAAUGUUGUAGGUAAAUAGUUUAUGUAAAACAUAUCAAAUAUGACUUUUUUUUCGUUUCUAUGAAAAUUUUUUAGAGCUCUUUAAAAGUGGACUAUUGUUUCAUGACUUAAGAAUUACAAGGAAGGCUUGUUCAAGGCGAAGUUGCAAGAACCUACAAGUAUAUUUACGUCAUUUAUCGCGUUGCUUCGCAAUUUUUGUUUGUACUGACAGUGAAAGGAGUUCGAUUUGCAACUGGUUUUCACGAAAAUUGAAUUCUAGAACUUUGUAAUCUCACCUAUAAAAGUGCUUAUCUGCGGAUUUUUUGUUAAGUAGUAAAGUUCGGGUGAUGAACAUUGUGUUUUUGAGGCGCUAAAUAUAAAUACACUUUGGUGACACUGAAUCGUUGUGAUUGCUCACGUUGUUUUCUCAGCGAAAUCUCGGCUACAAUGCAGCUGGAAAAGUCAUUCUUCUAGUUUCAAACAGCAGUAAAGGCAUUUUCUCAUGACAUGUUCUGUGUUUAAAAGGGGCCACGAGAACUAAGGAGACGGUCAAGGUUUAGGGAGUAUGGGGGGUGGGGGUAGGGAAAAUUUUUAAGGUUCUUCAAAAUGCCAUGUAAAUCUGUAUUUCUGUUACAAAUAAAAUAUAUCGAAAAAUUCCAAUUAUUAUCAAUGACAACUUAAAAAUUGGGGGGGGGGGGGUCCUUCCAAAACAAUUUUUAAAAAAAUUUGAAAGAAAUCAAAGACCAAAAUAAAAAAGUCCACGAGAAACUUGAAGGUGGGUGCUUGUUGUUUUAACUCUUAUUAUUAUGAUCCAGACUAUCUUUUAAAACACAUUUCAUCAUCUACCCUCCCCCUUCCUCCAAAUAAAAGUUCACUUUCUCAGCCUAAGUUUAAUGGAAACCUAAGCCACUGAGGUGGAACAGGAAGUCAUUAGUACUUAUAACCUUUUCCAUUUCACUGGCCACAAUAGCGAUCUGCUGUUUCUCAAAACAAUGGAAAGGUGCAGUGAUCAGCCUUCUCAAAAUGUGUUGCAUGCUCAGUCCUUAUUUUUAGCCCAUUUACUCGUGGAAAUUUUGCAGAAAAUAAUUUUUUUGAAGCUAAUCAAGCUGUUUUCUGGUCACUGCUUGGCUACAAUAAGCCAAAAUGCUGUUUGUGAGUUGAGCACUUCACAGAGCCUUCUGUUCCAGAUGCAAAGUAUCAGCUUCCAACAUUUGAUCAUGCUCAGAAAGCAAAAUUUCAAGCUAGUUUUUAGGUUUAAAAGUGACACAGCAGUCUUGAGGUUUAUUUUUCACUUCCUCUCCUCCCAUUGAUAGGAAAUGUUUUGGGAAAGCUUGUAGGAUCAUAGGAUUAGAUAUAAGGACGUGUAAGUGGGUAGUGGAACAAGAUUUCAAGGGGAAUGUGUUUAUAGUUAAGAGAUGGUCCAGAUAAGAAGGAAAGGACCAAAACGCAGUGAACACGUCGGAAUGCAAAAAGGUGCUAACUUUACUAUCGUCUCUACUAAGGUUCUGAUUGGUUUAAACAUCAAAUUUUACGAAAUCUUCGCAAAGCAGCAUGUACAUCAAUCCUUUUUUUUCUAUCCAACUUCCUUAUAACAAAAUCUCGUCUGAGUCUAAGUAACACAGAAAUCGUAUAAAGCGGAUCAUGUAAAAUUGUGAACAUCUCUUGGCCAUUGUUUGCAACUCUUGUGAUUGGUCGAAAUGUUUUAACACAAAAAUACACCCUUUAAAAGUGGAGUUUAAAUACAUUUUCUUUUCGUAAACAGCCUUUUUGUAGAUUUAUGAACUCUCUGCGUAAAAAUGAAAACAUUUCUAUGUGAGGAAAGCGUAUUGCGCCACAACAAUAGAAAUUGCUUUCCUUCUUACCUGGAUCAUUACUUAAGCAUUAAAUGUUGUGAUGGGUUGGUUACAGUAAGUGACAUCCCAAACUUGUUGUGUUCCUAUUACUUGGGAAGGCAACCAGUGAUAAAUUCAUUAAAAAGUUUUAAAAAAUACACAAGUGUCGCUACUGUUUUCAGAGCCCAAAAUAAUAACUUCACUGGUAGAUAUUUUCACUUCUGAAAGUUUCAUUGUAUUGACCCCAUGACAAACAAUAACUAAACCAAUGAAUUUCUCAUGGAGUUGUACUGUUCACCAUCUUUCAGAGUAGCGUACAGUAGGACCUGCACCAGACCAUUAGUUGACAAUAAUAACUUCAGAGAGAUUAUGUUCUAUGUGGUUACCUGCCCGAGGUUAUUGCUAUUAUCCGAAAAAAGUCAUACAGCAUAAGAAGCUUUUGGUGGAGAACUAAACUCAGCAAACAUGCUUUACAAGAAAGUGCAAUGUAAAUCGUGUAUAAAAGCACUGAGUCUGACUACCCUGUGUGCACUAAUGUAGGCAUUUACUGCAUGCUUGACCAAAAUAUUCUUUGGCUUGUACUGAAAGCCAAUGUCAUGUUAAUAAACUUGAAGCUUGUAUUUGUUGUAGUUUUUAACUCAGGUAAUGUAUGCUAAUAAAGUUGAAACAAAAGAAAAAAUAAAAAUUACCUGAGAUAAAAAAUUAACUACAACAUAUAUGUCAAAUAUAGCUUCAGGCAGAAGGAAAUGAAACUCUUUACAGGAAAAAAAAAAUUUUGUUCAAAAUCUUAGAUUUUUCUUUGUAACACCAUUAAUAUUUAACUCAUUAACUGGCAAACAGUUUUGUUUAUUGAAAUCCUCAAUUAAGCCCCCAGGGGGGGCUUAUUUAUUUCAAACACACUUGAGGGAGGGGGGCUUAUUUGAGAGGGGGAACUUAUUUAAUUUAGCAAAGACUCUCCACAAAGACAUAGAAUACAAAGUGGAAAAGCUGAGGACCAUAAACCAAUCCAAACGUGCAGUUAGUGAAUGAACCAUCUUGGAUUGGUCCACACAAAGUUUUUCAGUUGUGAUUGAGUAAUACAGUCUAUCAUUCAUUAAUUAGUGAAGAAUAUAAAGGGAAGGAGAACUUAUUUGAGGGGGGGUAAAAGAGGAUUUAUGGUAUUUAAAUUUAUGUUCAUUUGAUGAAUGUGUUUUCAUUAUAUCAUAUCUGUUUGAGACAAAGGAGCACAUUUAGUUACUGUAGCAUACUUUGAGAAACAAACAUGAAAGCAAUGCUUAUAAUUAUGUGAUAAGCAAGUAUUAUACACAUUCCCGUGUGAUGUUUGAUUGACAGAGAGACUGUCCAGUGCAAAAAAAAAACACCUGAUAGCAGGUUAUCAUCAUGACAAGCAAUUAUCUCAGUGCAAAAGGAGACAAUGUUCAGUACUCUUGUACAUCUCAAUAAUACAAGUCAUUGGUCCAUCAUUACACAAAAGAAGAAAAGUAUUAAUUUUAUCCCAAUGACACAGAACAACUCUCCAAUGAGCACGAUCCUGGCGUGAAUGAAGUUAUAUUGUUCCAUUCCAUUUACAACAGUGAAAAAUAAUUUUCAUCAAUUAAGAAAUCUAAUCUGAAGAGAAUUAGGGUAGUUGCCCUUCUGAAUGAAUGAAUGAUAACUUUAUUUAUACACGGUUAAAAACAUCAGUCUAACAUAGAAAAUUAAUUAAAAAUUCUCAAAAACUGUUUUACAUAUUUGCCGUGCGGGAGUACUGAUCAGAAAACCAUCUACGGGAACUUAUAUACAACCUCCGCUCUUUUUAGAAAUCAGGUUAAUGGUUCCUGUUUCCUACAACAAAAGAAGUAAUAAAAUGAUUAUGGUAGAUGUACAGCUUGUUUUAUAAGAAAUUACUUUUCAAAACAAACACUUGGAAGAAAAAAAAGAAAAAUCAACAAUGACAGAACAAAUAAAAAUUAGCUACUACAAAUAACAAACAGCAAAAGAAAUGAGCUUCAUACAUGUAAACAAUUAUCCACAUGCUAAAACAUUAUUUGUAGCAUGUUGUAAAAUGUCUAACAAACACCUGAUAGCAGGUUAUCAUAAUGACAAACAAAUAAUCUCAAGAGUUUGGAUUCUCACCUGUUUGCCUGUGUACGACGAGGACGAUGAUGAUGACCCUGAUAUGAAACUUUUGGAUCUCUACGACUCGACUGUGAAUCAGAAUUCAAAGGAAGCAAAGUGGGACGCUUUAAUUUGAAAUCAAAGCUAUGAAAGCUGUUCGACCACGCGAAGCUCAUGAAGCAUGACGAUUCUGGCCAGCCAAACGCAUUUUCAAAAUAUGGACAAUCAAAGCUGGAAACCUUUGGGUAUAAUCAAUAGCAAGUUCCCUGUACCUGUUCCAGUGGGCAAAGGAGUAAUCCGAUGUCAGUUUGCUGAAAGCUGAAAUAUGCUCGAAGGAUUUGUAAUAUAAAUACUCGAUGUUUACAUAUACGGUGGACAAUGAUCCCAAACGGCGCUUUCAGUAACUUCACGCACAUAGUUUUGAAGGCAAUUAAACAGUAGGUUUCAUAAGUUUCAUUUAAGGUUUCUUGCUAUAUUUGAUUAUUUCUUUUUCUACGAACAGCAGUCUUGUAGGUCCUUUUAGCUCACGUUCAGCCGCCAGGCUUCGAUGUUCUUAUCGAUCUUGAAUUUUCUCGGGUUUGCGCAUGCGCAGUUACGCAAAACAGGCCAAACUACGUCAUUAUCCAUUAGCCAAUCAGCGGUUUUUGCGCUCUGUCUACCCCCAUGGAUUAGGGGUAAAGACAGCUGACCUGAUUUCAGACUAAGCGCGUAGUCUCAUAUAAUUAGGCUGAUUUAGCAACAGAACGGGAACGUCAGUUGACGACAGCGCGCGCAAAUCAAACAACUGGCUUGACCAAUGGCAGAGCGGCAAAUUGGACACCGGAAGUCGUGUUUAGUCCUUUCUGCGCGCUUUCCCGUCGCAAACUGACGUUCCCGUCUUGUUGCCAAAUCAGCCUAUUAUAUAAAGUUGGAACCUCUUGCUUUUUACUGUACUGACAUUGUACAGAAAUUUAACGCGGAAUUUUACAUACGUUUGUUUGGUGGGGGAGGGUGUGGGGAGGGGGUACAAAUUCCUCCCCCCCCCCCCCACCACCAUACAAACGUCUGUAAAUUUUCGCAACUUAAAGGAGCUACAUCUUUACUCGGUUAAGACGCAUCACUUUCAAAUUUGGCAAUUUUACUAAUUUUAAGGCGUCCUUUCCAGUAGUGUCGACGGAUUUUCCCUAACUGGUCCAUGUCAAAAGUUAAAAAACCGUGGAAGGGUCUAUAGGACUAAUAAACUGCACCUUAAGAUUUAUAUUACUACAGAGUAUCAGCCUCCUCCUCAGGUGCUUCGUUUUCACAAGAUAGAGGCGAGCGACAGGUGAUGAGCCGCAAGGGACCAUGGGAAGGGUACAACCUCCUUCCCGCCUUCCUUUGUGCAUACAUUUUGAUCGAGAGAGAGACGUCUGGGUACGAGGCAGACAGAGUAUCAAUGGCUGUAUCUCCAGUUCAGCACACUAAAGACAGAUUAUUCGUCUUGAGACGGGUUAUCCGUUGAAGAAUACGCGUCAGACGGGUAAAACGUCUUAAUUCGAAAAUGGAACGGUCUUCAGUUUGGAUGGACAAUCCGCCUGACUUCAUCAAUCCGUCUUUAGUGUGAAAACGGCCAAUGUGACGGGGUUUUUUUUGUUAUUUGUAGUGAUAUCAUCAAGAAAGUCACCAGGUGUUGGCCAAAAUUCGAAAAGAACAUUGUCGUCAAAGCCAGGUAACUGAAGUUGUUCAAAUUUUAGUAGCUAAUCUUGCCAGAGAGUGAAUUACACCAUUGCCUUUGUUCGGGGUAGUAGCUUUAUUUAAACACCCAUAAAACGGAGCAGUGAUCGAGAGAAGGUGUUGAAGGUGUUGAAAUGAGCGCACCGUCGGCCUCAGGUUGUACUAGGAAGCUUAAGCAAAGACGACCGCGACGGCAACUAGAACGGCAAAAAAGCAAUAGGUUUAUAGUAGCAAAACAACAACUUUGCACGUUUUUUUGUACAUUUCUUAGCCCUUAAUUGCACGGCUACAACGUGAAAGUGCCUAAUUUCACUUUUUGUCGAGGACGAGAACUCAAGACAACAACUUUCUUUUUCUUUUCCUGAACUUUGAUACAGUCCUUUAGAGUAGGCCAUUUCGGAGUUCCCCUGGGCCUCGGUUUCAAAACGAGGGUAGGUGCUCAGACUUUCAUAUGGAAAUCAUUUUUCAUUCUCAUGCAAAUAAGACUCGUUUUCACGAGAAAGGUUGUGCACCUAGCCUCAUUUUGAAAGUGAGGGUUUUCGGAACUCGAAAGUGGCCUAUUCAAGUCCAAAAAAAUUUGCCAACAUUUGACGAAUUAAACAAGAUGGAAUAAGCGCGAUAAAGUUUGAGGCAGCGCGAAUUCACUUUUUAAGUAACGUUGUCGUAGCCAUCACCGUCGUUGUUGCUUAAGCUUGCUACUGUUACGAGUUGCCAACGUAUUAUACUACUACAUGAGAAAUUACUGCAAUCUGAUUGGCUUAGAGCAGUGGUAUUUCAGCUUAAUUUGAAAUACCUACAUGUGAAAAUUACAAACCUUUUGCGGGUAGUAGUAUGAACAAAUAAUAGCAUGAUUUGUACGUCAUAUUUGGCAUAAAUACCACUCGUGAUAUUUCAAAAUUGUCUCAAAUUUCACUCGCCUAACGGCUCGUGAAAUUACGUAUAACAAUUUCGAAAUAUCACUCGUGGUAUUUAUGCCAAAUAUCACUACAAAUCAUGCUAUUACCUAUACAAAUACUGACCAUUGCCGUUAUCUUCUCCCAGGAAUUUUUUUAUGGGAAGAGAAUUCAAACAACUUAUUUUCUCUCCGUUCAGAAAACUGUACAUGAAUUAGUGUUUACAAAGCGUGAGCGCGACUGUGACUUAAAAGUUUUGUACUUGUUUUUCCUUCAGGAAUCUAUACAAAGUACAAGCAAUUAUUAGCAAAGGACAAACUUAUUUUCAGAAGACUUAGCAAGGUUAGUAUGAAGGUACAUUGUAUUUAGUUUUGGACGUCUGUGAUGGUAAUUUCAAAACAUCCAAAUUGUGAGUCUUCUUUUACAAUGAAAACGUAAAAAUGCUGAAAUGUCUCGAAGGGACUGCUCGGUGGCUUUUGAACUACGCCUUCAUAACCUAGACGCGGCGCCUUCUUGCCUUCUCUUCGUCCUUCUCAUCACUGAAGAGCCAGUUCGUCAACCAUGGUUCGUACAGUCUUCAAAAGAUCUUCUCAAGCUCAUACAUAAUUCAUAAAGAAAAUGCAAACGAAAUUAACGUUUAAUGGGUGUUUAGAAGUCAUAAAAAGCUGCUCACUUUUGCAUCCUUAAUUAUUUCUCAUUCUAAAAUUAUUUUGUUUGAGAAGUAAUACCAAGCAUUUGACACGGUUGUACCAUCUUGUGACGUUGUCCAUAAGUCCAGUUGGUUUACCUGGGUGUUGAAAACAAAUUUUGUAAUUUAUUCAUUUAAAGGUUAGUUCGCAUGACGUUAUUUCUGCAAACAGCUAUCUAAUAACUGACCUGUCGCCCUUUGCAGGGAAAUCAUCCAAAGCGUCCACCAGAAGUGCAGGUGAGAUCGUUGUGGAAGGAUAUUUCAUUUUUUUCUUAGGGUACUCAAGGAGGCGUAUGUGACCGAGCAGUUAACGCCUCUAACUCCGGAUCUGGAGGUCCGCGGUUCAAGCCUCGCCCGUCCAGUUCUUUCCUUAGACAAAGAACUUUACUCCACUUUGUCUCUCUUCACCCAGGUGUAUAAAUGGGUUCCGGCGACAUACUGCUGGGGAGGGGGGAUGGAAGGGGUAACCCUGCGAUGGACUAGCAUCCUGUCCCGGGGGGAGUAGCAAUACUCCUAGGUGCUUCAUGCUAAGGAAACCGGGAUAAACUCCGGCCGAUUGGACCUUGGCUCGUGUGCGCCUUAACUGCCUUUAUUUAAAGUGGCGACUUGCAGGAAGACUUAAGUAGAUUGUCAACUUCGAUUAUGGAUUCGUGGAUUAUUUUCCUCCUAUCUCCGUAAACGCGAGGUUCCUUUCGUAGGCAAUUUUAUCAAUUUCAAUUGUACUGACUUUUCGCCAUGUUUUUCGCGUCAUUUUUUUUACUUUAUUCUCUUACACUUUAUUCAUGUUUUACUUUAUUUAGAAUGCUAUACUGAGGAGACACAUGGUAGAACUUACACAAAGCUUCAUGAUUCCGCUGGUAUGGUUGUUAAUACUACAAUUCAUCUUAUGGGAGGGCUGCUUGCUUUUUAAGUUUAGGUUUAUUGCAUUAAGAUGAAGGUCUUUUACCACAACUUCGUGUGGGUUUGGUAGUGAACCCUGUCCAACAGCACUAAAUUUCUUGCUUAGAUUCUUAUUUUAGCAUUGAAAUGUGUAACUUUGGUAGUCUCUGUCAUUUUGAUGUUGGUUCAAGUUCAUUCCUUGCUAAAAUUUGUAGGUAACUGUGCCCGUAGACUAUCUGACCAGGGUCGCAUGUAUUGGACAUGCGUGCAAACGUUCAGUCAAGUUUCCUACACCCAAAUGACCAGCAUGUAACAUACGACAUUGUUAGAACGUGUAGCUAAACAUCAAAAUAAUAUUUUUCCUCCCUAACCAUGAUUUCUCCUAUCGCGUAGGAAAGAUAUGUUGCUAGUCUCAUGCCUUUACAGAGAAGCAUAUCUCCCUGGAAGGUAAAUAUUUAAAUCCGUUCUCUUACGAGUGAAUGCAAAGGACUUGUGAUAUGGCUCUUAUUUGCAUUCGGACAAAAUCCUGUAGUGUAAAGGUUAAAAUCAAACAGAUUUUGCUAUUUGUUAUCGUACUGUGUGUCUUUGGUCGAAAGGAAAAGAGAAAAGGACAGUUAUCCUUAUUUUGGAUGCGUCAAGUUAUAAACUGUAUUUCAUUCGAGUUUUCACAUUCCGUGAUUGUAAUAAUCUUAGCAACAGACAACACAACGGACUGCCGCUAAUUAUACCAGGGCUUAUAUGUACCCAAACCCAAACCCAUAAGACGUUUUAGGAGGGCUAUAAACGGAUGGGCUUAUGUCUGACGAGGUUUUUAACCGGAAUAGAAAAAGCGCUUCGGAACAAGCUAUAGCUCCGCAGAUCAAAAUACGCUUUUAAUAAUUAUUAAGCUUCCAAACGUCUUAAUAAAUGGAGUUCAUGCAGGCGCUUUCCAUUCAGCAAAAAUUCCGGUUUGAAAUUUCCGAAAUGUCACGUGCCCAAUGGAACGAUACAUUCUCGUUUCACAGACCCGACCCAAGCCACCGCGCGUUUGGUUAUUGUUCUUGUAAGCAGGAUACAAAAGAGCAAUACUGGGGACAGACCGGUCAAAGUGGACCACCUUCAAAAAGGUCAUUUUCCAGUCGGAGCAAACCGAAGUGGUCCGUUUCAUUUGUCCUAAUAGUGACCAACAUCGAUUUUCUCCUAACAAUAUCCAUGUCAAGAGAAAUGGUUACGAGAAUUAAUCAAAUGAUCACUAAAGAGAAAAUGCUUUGAUCUUUUAGUAAACUCUCUCAACUUUUAUCUAAGGAAAUGUAUGAAUAUCAGUGCGGAGAAUUUGUAUGUGGAUAUUGGGGCUUACAGGGUUAAAUUAACUACAAAACCGUGAACGAAGAACCUGCUGGUUGUCAACGUUGUAUCUUAGAACAACAACGACAACAAUCUUCAUUUGUACUCACUCUUGCUGAAAGAUAAAUUACAACAAUGAAAAUACUAAAAGUAAAAAUUAGAGUACUGGCUUCCUGGAAUAACCAUGGAGGCUAGCGGAGCCAGGCAGCCAGAAAAGAGAUCUAACCAGCUAAAAUCAUGAGAACAAAAAACGAGUCUAGAACUUCAAAGACUACUGCAAAGCUGAUCGUAACAUAGCCUGCGAACGGCAGAAGUUUCUCUUCGCUCAUCGCCCGCUGAGAGACCAGGCUAAUCAUAACAACGUGUAUUGCUUUUUCAUAACAAUAUUUCGGCUGGUCAUGCCAGCCUUUUUCAGGUAACAUCAGUAAACCUGAAGAAAAAUAUUGUUAUGAUCAGCUUUGCAGAAGUCUUUGGACUUUUUGAAUGGAAAGCGCCAGAUUUCUCUCAAUAGAUUUGGAAAAGGGAUGUACUUUUUUGUUUGCUGGUUGAUGGGCCUAUAUUUGAAGGGGGCUUAUCAGCGGCAUUUGACUUUUUUGCGGUUUGUUUAAUUUUUUUGACAUUUUCAGCAUCCUCCCAGAUUAAAACCUUUUGACGCUGACGAGUUUCUGAGGACACUGGAACACUCAGGCCCUCAGCUGACGUCCAAGCUGAAAGGGAACUGGAUCGGGCUUUACAGGUAGGACCAAGAGAUCUCUUGGUCACAUUAUAACCAGGUUUCAGUUUUCGUGCGGUGGAUAGAGUUACAUGUACAGUGGAACCUGUCCUUUGGAACACCUCUAUUGACGGGACACCUCCAUUGAGGGGACGCAAAAUUUGGCCCAACCUCUAUUGAAGGGACACCUCUAUUCAGGGGAAAGGGACACUUUUUCUGGGUCCCGAAACUCGGGCUUAACUUUCAUUUAGGGGUCACCUUAGCAUUCAAAAAGUGGCUGGCCAAAAAAAUCUUUGAUAAAUGAAAGUGUGUACUAGUAAAAGUGGCGACAUCUUUCAAAACUUGUUCUGCACCUGUGGGAAUUCAACACACAACAUCGCAGAGAUACGUUUCAUACAUUUUCUAGCUGCUCGAAAUAAUGACUGCGGUAGAUUGCGAAGCAGAAGAAAAGAAAAAUACAUUUUUUGUUGGUUAGUUAUUAACAAACCCUAGCCCAACCUCCAUUUAGGGGACACCUCUUUUUAGGGUACACCUGCCUUGGUCCCGAGGGUGGUUCUACUGUAUCUAUUUCGUACAAUACAAUUUUGAGCAACUACAAUAGUUUUUUUCAUGAUGUUUUGACGAUACUUAUUUAUCCGGAGUUUUGUCGACUUUUUUCAAACGAGAAAUUGUUUUUUUGUUGUUGUUGAGGACCUAAACAGCAAGUGGUUAAAAGCUAACCAUUCGGUUCCUUUUGUUAACCUCAGAAAAUUCUUCAAAUCUGCUAACUUCGAGGGCUGGCUUCGUCAUCGACAGCGAGAAAUUCGACAGAAGCUGGAACUUCUGCACCUAGAGGCACUGGGGAAAGCUGUAAGUAGAGCUUUUAAUCAAAAGUAAAAACCGUUUUUUUUUUUCUAAUCGAUCUCCAUACGUUCAAGUCCAAAGUUCGCUUACCAAUCAGCAAACGAAGGCAGUCGAAAUAAACCUCCAAUCAAAUACCUCGUUAAAUGAGAGGAAAAGUCGUUACGUCACGUUGCCAUGGUAGCAAAAUUUCUGGGUGACAACAAACCACAAACGUCACUUAAAUAGUGAAUUUGUACUGGUUCAAACCUCAUCGAUCUUAUUUAAUUUGUCAAAUGUUGGCGGGAAUUUCAGGGGUUGAAUCCGAAAGACCAUAUCUAAGUUUAGAAAAAGAAAAAGGAAAUGUUCGUGUUGUGUUCACCAACUCCAUAAAGCGAGCGCGUAAAAUUAAAAAGUUUCAUGUCGUAGUCGUGCAGUGACGGCGAAGAGAUGUACACAAAAGCGUGAUGCACGUGCAAAGUUGUUGUUUUGCUCAUUAAACCUAUUACUAUUUUGCCGUUCUCGUUGACGUCACCGGCGUAGUUACUUAAAGGACAUUGGGGUAUGACUCGUUUUGAAUACGAAGCUAAGCCCGCAUUCUAAAGGAUGUGGUGUUUUAAUGAAGGGGCUAUUGGAAAGGCCCGUGGAACCUCGUAACAGCCGAUCAAACUAGCGAUGGCGUCCCCAAAACAGUCCCAUAGUGCAAUGCGACACAACGCCGACCCAGUCUCACGUAUAACUUCAUAAUGACAAAAAUGAUGUGAUUGGCUAAGGGUGAUGUUACAUGGGACGAUUGGUAACGACGAUUUUGAGCGCAGCAGAGCGUUGUAACAUUGUUGCGAUAUUGGAGGAAUUAAGAGUCAUGUUUACUGAAAACGGCAAACUCAUGUUGAGAAUUUAACAAAAUAGAACAUGAACAAAUAAAAAGAGUCUAAAACAAUUCUUAUGGAUGAAAAUACCGUGAAAAUACUUCUUAUUUUGUAGAAGUAAAGAACAGUUUAGGACAAGUAAAGGGAAAACUUGGUCACGUGGCAAACGUUAUCCGUUUGCCGUAAACGAGAAAUGUUAAUCUCUCUGUUGUUUCGAAUGGUUUGCAGUGCCAUGUAUUGCGCUGAAAAUCGUCGGUCGUUGCGAAUCGUCUCAUGUGACAUCAGCUUAAGUGAAGCACACUUCCCCCCUCUGUUUUCAGGAUGUUUUAUUUUGGAUCAAAGAUAAGCAUGAGGUAGAGAAAGUGGAUUUGUACUUACAGAUCAAGGAGAAGCUGGUAAGUUUGCGUCUUUGUUUUCUUUUUACUUCCCCGCUGGACAAAACGUUUCAAAUUUUACGUCCCGGGAACCUUUCGAUUCAAAGAGUAAAUCUCAUUGAGAAUAUUGAGCGACCGAGGCAUAAAUUAAUUUAAGAAUAUUCUAGUAGCAGGAAAAAGGUUGUAACGUUAUAGGAGAAUAUUUUGAAAGAGGCUCUUGGAACCAAGAUUCCAGAAUCUUUAAGGAGACGUUUUCUGGAUGUUGCAGGAACUACCGUAAAAUUCCGAAAUUAAGCCCCGGGGCUUAUAUUUUUCAAAGGCCCUUUUUGAGGGGCUUAUAUUCGGAGGGGCUUAUCUACGGAGGGAAAUUUGUGUUUCUAAAUCGAUUGGGCUAGCCUUAUAGUUGGAAGGAAAUUUACCGUUUUUGCUUUGUUUUACUUUGUAUUUGAGGGCAAUUUUCCAAGUACAAGCCCCCGGGGGGCUUAUGUUUGGAAGGAGCGAUUUAACGGAUGGUUUUUCGCGUUACCAAGUUUGGGGGGCUUAUACAUGGAGGGGCUUAUUUUCGGAAUUUUACGGUAUUAUGGGUUGGUUGUUUUGAUGUUGUAGUGUGGAUAUUAUCCAGUGUCUCUGCAAUUUUUAGUAUUACCUCAUUCGCGGAUCGUACCAUCUACAAUUCUUGAAGGUUUUUUUUACGGACGUCGCUAACACUGGGAACAGGAAAGGAGUACAGGGAAUGAGAAAAUUAAAAAUGGGAACAAAACUGAACUAAGACCAAGAAAUUUUACAUGAACGGAACGGUCAUCUAGAAAUUUUCUAGCCGUCCUCUGGGUAUAGAAAAUUCUAUGCAAUAUUUGCCUCUCCAAACAGUUAAUUUACAGAAAACAGUCGUUGGGUACCGCAGUAAUGCUGAAGUCUAACGUCUUUAAAAAGGACACACGGUUCUCAAACAUGGUCAAACGUAACCUUGGUUGGCCUUAAAUUGCCUUUUCCCACUUAGUAUUGGUAUUGGUGGAUUUCCCAACCCACACCUACCCUGGUGCGUCAUAUUUUGUGUCCCUGCAUUGUGUAGUUCUCGAAAAUAUCCAUACCCCCCUCCUCCGCCACGGAGGGCAACGGAAAUUCAGAGGGGAUGGGGGGGGGGGUCCCAAAAGGAGGCAAUUUCCGAGGAGGUGGGGGUUGCUUACAGGGGUUUUUUUUCUAGGGGGUCUGAGUACGUUCGGUGAGUUAUUAAUAAAUAACAGCUUCUCUGUUGAGCAAGCUAUCAGUUAUUUUAUUGUUACCGGUGUUUCAAAGCAAGUAUUAUUGUUUGGAUUGACCAUCCGUUUAUCUACGUUCGGCUAGAUGCUUUUUUCACGUCUUAUGCUAUAGUUUUCUUUAAUUAUUAUUUUCUGCGUUUUCACUAUGUGUCUCGCCGAACUAGAUCUUAGUUUAAAGUUCCGGUUACAAUAAUCCUGAUAGGCUGGUUUAUUGCAGAUCAGUUUAGGUUUCUGGGAAACUUGCCUGCGUGCAGACGUCUCCUAUUUCCUUUGAUGCACGCAGGCAACUGGGAAACCUGCUCACCGACCCCUCUCCUAGGCCAACAUUUUGCCCUACGGGAGAAGUAAGUGUUAAUGUUGGCUUAGGGAAGGAGUUAGACUACGAGUAGUCCCUAUUUUUCCUCAGGGGUAGCAGAGCGAGCGAGCGACACGCGAGCACGCGUCAAAAUCACCCCUCGCGAGAAAGGCGAGACGCGGCGUUGGGAAAGAAAACUCGCAUGGGGUGAUUUUCACGCGCGCUCGCGUUUCGCUCGCUCUACUAUCCCUGAGGGAAAACUCGUAGUCUAGGAAGGAGUAGGGAUAUCAGAUUGCUUCCUAAACUCUGUUGAGGCUCAGUAUGUUGAAUUAUUAUUUGAAUAUUAAACGAAAGCAAUUUAUCGUAAGUAAGGUAAAUAGCUUUUAUUUCUUUAAUCCAUAUGAGAAAUGGCCUAAUUUAACUUCCAACAUACACGCAUAUUACGUCCUUUUUACUACUACAUGAGAUAUUUCUACAAUUUGAUUGGCUUAGAGCAGUGGUAUUUCAGCUUAAUUUGAAAUACCUACAUGUGAAAAUUACAAACUUUUGCUGUUAGUAGUAUAUUAUAACCAAAUAAUAGCAUGAUUUGUACGUGAUAUAUUUGGCGUAAAUACCACUAGUGAUGUUUCAAAAUUGUCUCAAAUUCAAUUACGUAUGACAAUUUCGAAAUAUCACUCGUGGUAUUUAUGCCAAAUAUCACUACAAAUCAUGCUAUUACCUAUACGAAUUUAACGAAUCUAGCAAAUUUCUUAUUCUGUAACAAACUCUCACUUUGACAUAUGAGCACCCUCAACUACUUCUGUUCAGCUUCAUCUAGAACUACCCUGAACAGUUUUCUCUGUUCUAUUUAGUUUGUGUUCUGUACUCUUCCGCUUUUGGCUUUAUUUGACAUUCCCUUUUAAUGAAAAAAAAAUUUACUUGGAGCUAACAAGACAUCUGUAUUAAGCCCAGCCUGUUGGUGGUCCUGAAACUUAGUAAGGAUACGGUAUUGCUUAAGUAUUCUUCUAGUCUCCCUUUUCUCCAAUUUUUUUUUUUUUUUUUUUUGCAAAACGGAAACAAUAAUAACAAUAACUAAUAACGGAGGUGAGAAACUAUCCUAAUAAAUUUAACGAAUCUAGCAAAUCUCUUAUUCUGUAAACUCUCACUUGGCGAAUGAGCACCUUAAACUAGUUUCUUUCAGCUCAUUCCAGGAACCACCUCUCAACAGUUUGCUCUGUUCUGUUUAGUUUGUGUUCUUUACUUUUCUGCUUUUGGCUUGAUUUGACAUUCCGUAAAGAAAAGGACAAUUUACUUGGAGCUUGGUUCUGGGACUUCGUAAGGAUACGGUAUUUCUUUCAUUUUCGAGAGUACGUACGCCCGGACUGCCUGCUUGAUUUUGUUGUCAAUCUUAAUUUUAUCCCGUCCGCUAAACUUCUUCUUUUUAGUGAAUCUUUUAAAUAUUAAUUUUGGAAUUACUCCACUAAUAAACACAAAGAAGGUGGAGACUAGUGCUGAUAUUUCCUCUACGGUUUCAAAAAAUAAUAUGGCCAAGAAAAAUAAACAUAAAAAUGAGACAAUUAAAGCCACAUUUCGUAACAUGAAGAAGAUUUCAGUUCUCAAGGGAAGAAUUUGCAUUUUAGAAUCCGAUUCUUCAUUGUCUUCUUCAUUGCCACAGACAGACCAGAAUAGUUUUUUUGGAAUAGUGCCCUUAUUGCGGCAUUUUAUCCAUGACAAAUCUUUUGUCUCUUCUUCCCAGUGAUUUAAGAUCAUACCUUUAACCUCUCUAUAUCUACUCUGUAAAUUUGAGUAACAUAGAUAUAUAUUCGCUGCAACUACAGAAAUAAAAACUACGUAAGGAGUCACAAAUUCAUAAUUUAAAACCAAUCCCACAAUUGUAAGAAAGAAUAUAUUUGUUAUAAAAAGUACCGAUGGUACAAAGACAGCAACUAGCAUAGAAACAUACAUUAAAAAAGAUAAUACGAAUACAAUAAUACGCUGCAGGAUGAAACAACAUCCACCGGCUUUGACAAUCAAUUUUAAAAUGUUUAUCUCAUUUGUCUUAAAAAAGACAAAAAAUAUUAAUUGUACAAAUGGCGAUAAAAGUACAAAUAUUCCUAACAGGCCGAUUAAAAAAAUCAGUAUAAAAACUAUACUUAACGUUGCACGAAAAAGGAAUACAGGAAAAAUCAAUAGAAAAUCACACAUGAAGCGGCAUGCCCGUCUUAGUCUCGAUUUGCCUGUUCUGCCGCUUAAAGAAAGCUUUAUCAAUUUACUCAUGUAUUGCUCCAUCAUUGAAUGAGUGAAAUUGAAGACACACUGACUUUGUCUUUCUAAGACUUCGGCGAUCAAUUGACCAAAUGGAGGUUUAAGUAAAUCCUUCGGUUUGAUAAAUGCAAUAACUACAAACAACAAUAUAGAAGAAAUGAACGCGGUAGUGGUCACAAACGUUGGUUUCCAUUGCGAUCGAAAAUCAAACAAAAGGGAUAAACAAAUAGUGAAAAAAUGUCCAUCUUGAGUACAGGGUUGCUGACGUUUUCGACUGCUCUCUUGAUAAUAUUCUAAGUUAUAAAAGUAGACCACUGCAAGCUUGAGAUGUAGGAAAAUGGGAAACACAACAAAAAUAAAAAAGAAUAGUUUAAGGUUAAAACUAAUUUGGAUUUGUGGAAGUUCCUCUAUAUAGUCUCCCAGUAGAGCGCUAACAGUGAUGGGGCUGUUGUCGUCUACAGGAAUUUCAAAUUUGGAUAAUUCCUGGUCUUCCUUUUCGUGAUAAGGAGGGGAAAUUUCUUCGUAUUCACUGUCUGUUUCUGCCGCGCUGUUAAUUUCUUUGUCGCGUUCGUGCUGAACGUUGAACAACCAAUCGGGAAUUAAGAGAGGGAUUGCUGGAGAGUACCAAAAGAGUAUAAACGUUAACAAAAUAUAUACGGCUUUGAACGGUUUGGUGAACCAGACAUUUCCAAGGGCAAGCCCACACCGAAUAAUCAUAUGAUUCCGUUCGGCGUUGUUCUGCGCGCUGCAGCAAAGAAAUUUCCAACCUUCCUGACUUGAGGAGUUGCUCUUGUGAUAUGUACACACAGAUCCAGUCUGUGGUAAGCGAUUUCCAGGGCUUAAGUUCGUGAUAUUGCCUAACAGCGCUUCUCCGACAACAUUGUCCUGGCAGGAUGUGUUCAGUUGAGAGAGACAUGUAGGUGGUUUUUCUUCAAGUUGCACGCUCAUGUACCUCUUCUGGCGUGUUAAAAGGCCCAAAGAGUAGAUGUCGUAUUCGGUGUCCGUCAUGCGCAACAUCGGCUCUUGUAUUGUCUUCGCCCAAAUCCAUCUUUUGGCCAAAAGCCUUUCAUUUGACUCCAACGGAUGGACACUAUUGUUACCGAUUUCUAAAUUGAAGUAGACAAGCCUAACGCCUUCUUCUGAAACCAGCUGUUGAAAUUUGACGGCAGGGUUUUGUCCAACUAGAACAAGCUUACACUGGCCCACGCCACAGACCUUGUGAACAGCAGAGGUCGCCGAUAAACAAACUGCGAUGAGAAAAAUAGCGUAGAUAGCCAUGUUCUGCGACUUCUUUUCCUUAACUGUCCAGUGCACUGAAAGCGCUUUAUUAGCAAAACAAUCUGUUUUCAGGAAUGAUUGUUAUCGGCAAACCUAACAAUAAGGCAUUGGAAUGCCCUGUGGCAAUAUUUCGCCAAUUUGUUUUUCCAAUUUUUUCUUUGUGAUUGCUGUUUUGCCACCUUUAAGGUUUAUUUUCACCGACGCGUUUUUGGCAACACACAUUAACACACGUAAAUUUUAACCACGUAAAUAAAAUAGAGUCAAGUUAAAAAGUACAGAGCUUAAACAAGAAGUUGAGCGAAAUUUAACUUUUACGCUUACGAGCAACCUUCCAUGCAUUUCUUCUAUUUUAUUUGCGAACGUAAAUUUUACGCACGCACGGACGUAACAAUUACGCGACACCGGAAAUCAACCCUUAGUAAACAAGGCAAAACGUUUCUUGUUAACCCCAGACACAUUCCUGGCCGUUUGGUGCAGUUUUAUGUCCUAAAUGAGCACAUUUUCACAAAGCAUUUUAUUUAUCGCAUUUUCAAUCGUUGCCUAUUUCGUGGAUCUUGCGGUCAACAAAAUUGGAAUCAUGUGCAUUGUCUUGUUUUGGGGCUUAAAGUUCUUUGUGUGCGGGUCAUUUUACGGUCUGGAAAAAUGGCAUUUCAAAGGCAAUCUUAUUCCGCCUCUCUUUUGUAAAUCACCUAACCUUUGAGUAGCAUUCGCAUUAUCCGAAGAAUAUUGGGUUUUGUUCAAUAUAUUGCAGUCUAGUUGUCAGGUCUCGAUACUUCGAACGUACAAUGUAGAUAAAAUUAUCAUAACAAAUUUGCCUUUGACCAUCAAAGGGGUCACCGCACAAUUUCUGCUGCUGUUAAGGUGGCUCAGUACGGUUUUUCAAUGCUUAUAUCCCCGGAAGGUAUAGCGACUAAAAAACGCAAGGGAUCGUAUGGUUCUAACAAGUACAUUGAAGCACAGGAGGCCCAAGCUCAUUGCAAACCUUAUGAACACAGCGCUCAACAAAUAGGCUUUGAUAGAGAGUUAAGGCAACCAGGACAACGCCAACGCUAUAAACCUCGCUUAUGAAGUAUUUUUCACGCUCUUUCAAACUUUAUGCUAAUGACUUCCUCUCACUUUAUUUAUCAAAUGGCAGUAAUUAAUAAAAUUUGCCCUAGAGGUGAAUUGUUAGCCGCAUCUAAAUUUAAAAAGAGAUAGGAAAAUUCGUCUUUGUAUGUUCACGUCGUAUAUAAAAUGUUGGAUUAGGAUGUUUCACGUCGUACGUGGACGGAAUAUUAAUGUUCCAAAAUGUGUUAUGCGUGUGCAGCGCAGUUGAUCAUGAUACUUCAAACAAAGCGCUAUAUCCCGUCUAGACAAUUGUUCUGAGCGGCACCCUUGAUGCACCAUGAUCUUGGUGACCCGAAACCGACUGUGCUUUUUUUACAUUAUCGCAGUCGUCGUCAUCGCCGUUUCGUAAGCUACUUAUUGUUUGAAAAAAAAAUUCCAUUUAGUUCACAGUGUGCUUAUUUGGUUUCCUCUUUGGGCCAGUGAUAGACUACUUUUGUCAUUGUAAAUAAAAACGUUUCCACACGUCCCGGCAACUCAUUUCUAAUGGCCGCUUUUCCUUUCUCUUAGUGAACUUUAAGAGCGCUAUUCGACGUGUCGUGGGUGGUGAUUCCACGCUCGCUCGAGUAUGUCAUCAACCUUUCUAUAGGCCAGUUUCCAAGUUAUCGAAUUAACAAACAGAUGCCAUGUUGUCGUGCGUCUGUUCAGUAAUAGAUCACAGAUGACGUCAAAAUGUUAGUGGUUAAAACAACGAGUGUGUCACUGAUGUUUUUUCCUUCAUUCAUGUCUCUGUACUUUAAUUCACCAUUAUCACAUAGACCAUAAUGCACCUUGCCCCCCUCCCAACCCCGAAAAAAAAAAAUUAUAUAACCAUUGUGUUCGAUCUCUUGGGGCGAACAGGAGGGCAUUUUGUAUGCGCAUGCGUCAAUAUGGGCUGUUGAAGUGCCAUAGAGGCAUUUUCUGUGAGUUGUUUACGUUCAGUACCAGCAUUUGCAGGCUGUUUUCUGGAGCUGAAUGACGUGUAUUGGGUGCUACGUUCCUCAGACGUGUUCUUUAAGGUAUCGUGGUAUUUUUUACGAUGAAAGUGAGUUUAUUGUAGCCUCGCUGUCGCCCUUGAGAGGACAGUCUUUCCUUUCGUAAAACAGUACAUCGAAGACAAGAUGGCGGCUGAAUGUUCUUACCACCUAACAUUUCGCGCACAUUUUUUGAGCAGGAGGAAAAGGUCAGUAUGAUAGUUUUUCGUCGAACAAUUAUCCUAUAGAUAGUCAAUUCUUCUCAAUAGUAUAACUCUAAAAUCGAACUUAAUCGUUUCGAGGAAUACAGUGGUUAAUUCAAUGUCCAUUCUGCCGUGAAACUGUUUUUCACCCUUUCUAUGGCUUGUUUAUCUCGAAAUCUUGCCUUUCUCCCCAGAUUAAGUUAAUGAUUAAUGAAACUAAGAAUACUUCCGCGAAUGAAUGGCGCUUUGAUGAAGGCUGUGAAAAAUCGCCUUCUGUAAUAAUUUUAGCUUUCUUCUCCGGUACGUCUUCGUUGAGAAAUAAAAUACACGCACUUCAACUAUAAAUUUAAAUCAAUAUAAUGAUGCCAGUAAGAUUGUGUUUUGAAAAUAAGAAUAUUCUAUCAUUUAGUUAUACAAAGGAAAAAAAUAUCAGCAAUCGGUUUGAAUUCUGAUUUUUUUCCACAUUAUUUUGAUGGUACACUGUUUGUUUACAUUUCAUUAUGCAAAUAAAUAUAACAUUUUGGCGUUUUAAAGAAAAUCUAGCCUAACUCCCCAACCCCAAAAUAGCACGAAAUGAAACGUUAUCAAUAUACCUUUUAAAUAAAUCCUGGCUUCUGUUGCAAAAAAAUCGCAUUUAUUCCUAAAUGAUACCAUUUUGUGGAUACUACAUUUGUUGAUAUGCUAAUUUGUGAGACAUUUCGUUCACGAAGGAUGUUGACUGAGACCAGCUUCUCCUCUGUAUUGAACCACAUUCUUGUUUAGUGCAUCAGUUUCUGCUUGAUAAUUCUUCCAUGAUGUACAACUUACAUAAGGGGUUCAUCUGGAUACAGUAAAAAGCUCUCAACAGAAACAUUAAGAACAGACAAAUUUAUCCAUCCAUUUGUGUCAUGUUUGUUGUCGCAUCCCAGCUCAUUUGGGUCCUUUAGCAGAAGUAUUUAUCUUUUGAGGAAACAGCAUUAUAUGCACCCCUUUAACAAACUUCCUAUCUUAUGUUCAAACAGGCUUUGAAGGUGAACAACAUCGUCAUUUAGAUUUAUAUGGAGUGAUGGCCAUUCUCUGUUUUGAAGGGAUCACUACUGUCAUCAAAUAUAGAUUAAUAACAAGAAAUCGAUUGUGGAGCACAGGAGCUGUUACUCAAGAGUACUUUCAAAAUAGUAGCUUAGGAAAAAUCUUUGUAUCUUUAGAGUUAAAAAAAAAAAUAAAAGUACUGUUCGUUUUUUCGGAGUAUGCGUGCAUUCGUUUUGUCUGCAACAGUACUGAGCUUAGAAAUGCUCAAGUGAUUAUGUUCUACCUAAUCACUUGUAAUUGUUUCUGUCUCAAACUCAGUCCAUUCUUCAUUUCCUAUAGAAUAUUUUCUAUAAAUUUUUCCGCGAAAACUUUCAAAAAACUGUAAAAACCCCAUAGAUUUCACGUUUUUGUGGCAUAUAUAAACGCUUGUCUUCGCGAUCAGUUUAACAUGAGACAUCGCGCUAAUAAAUAAACCUUGCGUGGUAAUUUUUUUUUUUCGCUUUUUGCCCUAAAGCAGCUGAACAUUGCUACGAUGCAUUUCCUCGCUGAUGUGUAAAACCACGAGUUUGGAAAUCAAACCAUAGAAAUGCAUUGCUUUGCCAGUGAAAAUCAGACUUAUACAGGAACAUGACUUUUUGGCGUUGAGUCUUGAAAGUCUUUAAAAGGCCAAGGAAACCUACUGCUGAAAAAUCUACGAGUGAAAAUCCGCGUAGAAAACGUCUGAUUUUUGUGAUGGAGAAUAUUUUUUGAAGGAAAGUGCGGUAUUUAAAGCACCAACGAAAUGGCUUUUAAAAGGACUGUAACUUUACGCGCGAGUUUUCGAUUUCCCGCCAUCAGAUUUGAUGCGCCCACGCUAUUGUCAUUCAGCGGAUUCACGCAUGCGCAUGCAAAAUGCCCUCCUGUUCUUGGGGCGACUUUGAUACCUAGGAGAAACUGAAAACAAUGAUGAUGCAAAAUUUGGGGGAGAGGCGGGGGGUAGGGGGGGGGGUGAACAAGGUGCAUUAUGGUGUAUGUGAAAAUGUGACCGUGGGCAACGACCAAUCACGGCGCGCGUAAUAUCCACCACUUUGUAUAGAAUAAUUCAUACUUGCCUCCGAUGGAAAAACAUAACAAAUCAAUUAUUCAUCCCUGAAUCUUAAUGCCAUUUCUGUUGUUUUAUAACCUUAUCCUUUGACUCAAGUGGGAAUAACUGGCCUAUUCUUUUCUAUUUUUUUAAAUUCAUACUCAAUGGUUUUCAUUGUUAUUUUUAUUUCAGGCUGGUUCAGCAUCUUUUUACCCUCCUGUAAGCCACGAGAUCACGCAACAACUCAGAGCACACCUGGGUUCAAUCACCAGGAACCUUCCAGAAGAUCUUCAGUAUGUUUUGAAGAAUAGUUGACAAAGGAUCCUAGUCAAGUUUAGCUGUGAUUGGUCAAGUAAGGAAUUAGGAUGAAGUUCGUUUUCCAGUCAAAGACAAUAGUUGUAACUUUUCGUAAGCUACCACCAAUUCCUAGCGUUUUGGAUGGAUACUUUCGGAAUCUUCGUCUGUUUUGCGUGGAAAGAGGUUACUAACGGGAGUGAAAGUUGGCCAAAGUAUUUUUUUCUGUCAAGAACUCAGCGGGCUCAUUCAGGACUUCAUGCAGUUUCCGUUCUGCAAGAAAGGCUAUAUUUUUUAUUGAUUUUUUAAUUUAAAUUUACUUGUAUAUUUUAGUUGGAAUAAUCCAAAGCUUUUAAACCAACUUCCACCUUAUUCGACUGCCUUUGUCCGUUACAAAAAUUAAUAUAAUUAUUAUGUACUAUUUAAAUACGUAAUAUAAUAGAUGUUUUAACCUUUGACUCCCAAAAAGGUGCAAAGUUAAAAUUCAACAAAAAUGUUAACAUUUUAUUUUGUAAAUGCUGAAAAAAUAUCAUGUAUCAUGUGAAAGUACUACUGAAGAGGUUUCAUUUGAAUGGUAAUACCAUAGGGCUUUAUCCACACACUCAAAGGUUAGAACUACAUACUGAAUAAAUAGUACCAUGUGAAAGUACUGCUGAAGAGGUUUCAUUUGAAUGGUAACACCAUAGGAUUUCAUCCAGAGACUCAAACGUUAGAACUACAUACUAAAUAAAUAGUACCAUGUGAAAGUCCUGCUGAAGAGGUUUUAUUUGAAUGCUCAUCUUCUCCAUUUUUCCGUAUUCUUUAAACAGAGUUUUGGGCCAGCAAUUUAAUUUAAACGAGUCGUAGGUCUCAAAAGUGUCUAUUAUUAUAGGGAGUUAUUUUUAUUAUAGUAAUUUUUUUAAAAUUGUUUUCUUAUACGAAACAAGGUUUGAAAGUUGUGAUAUUGGGGUUUUGAGGUUAAGGCAGCAUGUAGAAGAUAGUUUUUACAGUUACUGGAAUUGUACUGUACAGCGCUGGAGCGGUAGAUUACAAAGCUUGCUUGUAGUAAUGAACCACCCGGCGAGUGGGUAACUUGAUUGAGCUUUGUUUCGGAAAGAAGAGCAAAACCUAGUUUUAUGCAAGAAGAAAAAAAGGAUGACUUACCAAAUAUUGUGUAAAUUAUGCUCGACUUCAAAUUUAACCUUUUAUUUUGUCAAGUGAAAGAUCUUUGGCCAGUUAGUCAAACGAAGUCUAGUUAGACCUCAGUGUAGAACAGUCGUUCGACAUCAGCUUUCGUUUGUCAGGUUUAAGUAGACGUGCAUUUUCCAGUCCGUUCUGCGAGCCUUAUUUGACACCUUUAACGGUUGGCUACACAAAUUUUGUUUAUUAAGGUUCGCCGAUGUGAAAAUAGUUUAGAAUACAAUCUCGAUAAGCAGUCGCUAAACUCCGUUUUGUAACCGGCCUGAUAAGUUUAAUCGAAGGGGGAAAUGGUGUGCGGUUUCAGUAGACUCGUGAGAUAGACUUAACGUUUUAAAAUAACUGCUAUGUGAAGCGAUCCACAAUGGUAGUUUUGAAUGCUCUGAGUUUUGUAUGGUCAAAACGACAUCUUUUGCAAUUCGCCCCUUUAGAAGCGCCGAAAAGGAAACUGGAGCUGAAAUGCGUCCCAUAAUUGUUUUUGGUAUCGUCACUGGAGACGCGUCGGUCAGCUAUUGGUUAAUUUUGUCCCCUGUCUCUAGUAACAGUUUCGUAAGUCUUUGUGAAAGUUAACUGGGCUCAGUUUUUCUCGUCGGUUCUAAAGUGGCGAAUGCUCUGGCAAGAGGAAGAGGCUACAGAUUUUCCGACGUCGAAACGUCGUGACUUUUCAGUGGUAACGUCUAUCACAAAACUAUAUCUAAGAAAUUAAACAUCAAGAAAAGGAUAUUAGGUAGUGAUUCAACCCAUAGCGGCUUUUGUGUGACCUUUUCCCCUUCACAAGUGUAAAUGGCGCUAAAGAUUAUUUUUAUAUACUUAUGAGGGUAAUUGUUUAUUAUGGGAGUGGCCUAAAUGUAAAUACUAAUAGAAGAGGUCUCCAACGCCCAACGACA